UCGUCUCACCGCUGCAAAUAAUGGUGGAACUGUUUUUCAUAAUUUAAUUAAAGAAUUACUCGAGUAAUUAAAAGUAAAAUGGAUAACAGCCUCAAAGCAAGCGGUCCACGGGUAGUUACAAUUCAUAAAACCGAGACGGGCUUCGGAUUUAAUGUCCGUGGACAGGUUUCUGAAGGUGGACAAUUAAGAAGUAUUAAUGGUGAACUUUAUGCCCCCCUUCAACAUGUUUCCGCAGUGCUGGACAGAGGAGCAGCUGAAAAAGCUGGUAUCAAGAAAGGAGAUCGUAUAUUAGAAGUAAAUCAUGUGAAUGUUGAGGGAGCCACACACAAACAGGUAGUGGAUUUGAUCAAAUCUGGAGGAGACUGCUUGACACUCACGGUUAUUUCAGUCAGUGCACAAGAAGCAGAAAGAUUAGAACCAACAGAAGAUCAAACUGGAUAUUCAUAUAUUGAUUACUCUGAAAAACGAUCGUUGCCUAUAAGUAUUCCCGACUACAACGUGUUGACACGAAAUGGAGAAAAAUAUGUCGUGUUCAAUAUUCACAUGGCUGGAAGACAGUUGUGCUCCAGACGUUAUCGCGAAUUUGCCAAUUUGCACUCAAUAUUGAAAAAAGAAUUUACUGGCUUUAAUUUUCCCAAGCUGCCGGGCAAGUGGCCGUUCCAGUUGAGUGAGCAGCAAUUAGAUGCUCGUCGCCGCGGUCUCGAACAGUAUCUCGAAAAAGUGUGUGCCGUACGUGUGAUUGCCGAAAGUGAUGCCAUGCAGGAAUUUCUCACAGAUUCAGAAGAUGAUUUGUCUGCGACGCCUGUCGAUAUUAAAGUUAUGCUGCCCGAUCACGAGGUGGUGACUGUUAGUGUGCGAAAGUCCGCCAAUGCUCAAGCGGUCUGGGAUCAAGUAGUACAACGAGCAAAUCUAACUUCGUACACGCAACAAUACUUUUACUUGUUCGAAAUAGUCGAGUACAAUUUCGAACGAAAGCUGCAACCGCAGGAAAUACCACACCAACUUUAUGUGCAGAAUUACAGUACAGCAUCGAGCACUUGUUUGUGCGUAAAACGCUGGCUUUUUUCAAUUGAACGUGAGCUGACACUCCCUCCUGGAGAGCAGGCCGCCAAAUUUAUAUUUUAUCAAGCAGUUGACGAAGUAAACCGGGGCAAUAUAAGGGCAGACGGACGUCUGUAUGAAUUAAAGGCACUGCAGGACUCAAAGAAGGCAGAAGAGUAUCUAGCGUUAGCUCGAAUUUUACCAGGAUAUGCAGAUCUGGUUUUUCCGCACUGCGCUUGUGAUAGUCGAAAAGAAGGACAUGUGGUCCCCGCUGUGGGUAUUCAGAGCUUUAGAUUGCAUGCAUGCCGAGAAGAUGGAACAUUAGAAGCACAAACAGUUGAAUUAAAAUGGGAAACCAUUGACCGAUAUGAAAGCGACGAGGAGUCCAUGGCUUUCUGUUUCCAAUAUUCUCGACCCGACAAACCAUCAAGAUGGGUUAAAGUAUUUACACCAUAUCACGCAUUUUUGGCGGAUUGCUUUGAUAGAAUAAUGGAGGAGAGAAAAUGGAAUUCAGAUGAAUAGCGUUCAACCGAUGUUUUGUCUCAAUGUACAAAAUGUUCAACAAAUAACAACAACAAUAACAACAAUAACGAAAAGCAACCACAAAAGAAAACGAUUGAGUCUGAAGCUGACUAUGAAAAUGUAUCACUCAAUUAGAUAUUACUGUGAUAUAGGGCUCAAUUCAUGCGUGGAUAUAGUAACUUAUCCUUUAAGAGGGUAAGUAGAAUUAGAUGAAUAAACAGAAUUGUAUAACAUAUAUAAAUACAUAUAAUUUUAUUGGUGAUACUCGAAACAUUACACAUUAUGUUUUCAAUUUAGAACUUAGAAUGUUAUUAUUACGUAUGAAACAUGCCAUCAAGUUUAUUUACUUUAGUAUAGCCAUUUCAAGAAAUAAUGACCAAUCUUUAUAAAUAUCCAGCACUUUACCUUACUGAUCAGAGUAGAAAUCGGAAAACAUAUAAUUUAAAUAUACAAAAGAAAAAUCUUUAUAAAAUAAUAUCUAUUUCAUCGAUAAUGGCAAUCACACAGCUAAUAUCAAACCUAUUUUAGAACACAAAUCGAAAGUAUCCAGCUCUAUAUAGAAUUUUAAUAAUAUAAUCAAUGUACAUGAACAUAAUUAAUUAAUAAAAUAUAUCAUCAAUACGUUUUUGUACAAAAAAAACACACACACAAGGAAUGUUGAGCUCAAAAUGUUCGCACCGAAAACCUUUUACAAAGAAAAGUCUGAAAUUGAUCCGAAAUCGUUUGUGUUUAGACACAUUACAUAUGCUUAGCUUGUUUCAUUAACAUUCCUCAUGCUUUUGAGCUUUUACAUUAGUAGAUAAUCAUUCCGUUUUACAUCUUAAGUUCAUCCUGAUAGAUACUUUCCUCAUAAAUUAAACAAAAAACAAACAUUGACAUUUAAAAAAAUAAAAUAUGAU